GUCCACGCCUCCGCGGUCACCGCCACCGGCGUCCUACGCUCCCCCGAGCCCGUCCCAUAGGCAUGGCCAUUUCCCCCCUCGCCGUCAGCGGGGCCGCCGUCGCCACGCUCGCCGUCCUGGGCCUCGCCGUGUUCGCCUGCCGCCGGUGGAGGCGGGGUUCGGCCCCCGCGUCUCCGCCCCCCACUUCCUCUCAGGACGAUGAUAUGACCAGGCCUCUCAUGUCAGACAAUUCAGAUGACUACUCAGGCCCAAGCAAUAAUAUUCGUAGCAGUAAUGCCGGGGAAUCCAGAGUUUGGACAAAUAGGAGUAGCACUUCACCAAGAACUCAUGGCCUUGUUAGUCAAGGGAUGAUCUAUCCCACUGAACCUCAUCCUAUUGAAGGAGAAAUUCAUGUAAUUGAUGUUACAAAUGGUACAAUGGAAGAGCACAAUCUGGCAAGUACGCUGAAGCGUACAGCAGAAGUAAGUGGGAAAAUACCUGAGAUGAAGCACACAAGAAGGCGUUCCGGAGAGAACAAUAAUGGCGGAGUUCCUGUGAAGGAUAUUACGAUUGGAAGCCACCUAGCGUUGGAGGUCAUAGCUGGCCCAUCUCAUGGAAUAAACCGCUACCUGCAGUCGGGUAAUACUUCCAUGCUCUCAAUGACUCUUGGAAGGGUUCCUCAAAAUGAUUUGAUCCUAAAGGAUAAUGAGGUGUCAGGAAAGCAUGCAAGGAUUGACUGGAAUGCAAAUACACUCAAAUGGCAACUUGUGGAUAUGGGCAGUUUAAAUGGAACAUUCUUGAAUUCUCAGUCAAUUAACCAUCCUGAUGUUGGUUCUAGGCGUUGGGGUGAGCCUGCUGAACUUGCAGAUGGUGACAUUAUAACACUUGGGAGUUCAUCAAAAAUAUCUGUUCAAAUUUCAUUACAAAAUAAACAAGUGCCAGUUGGAGUUGGUAUGGCAUCUGAUCCAAUGAUAGCCCGUCGAACUGGAAAGAAACUUCCUAUGGAGGAUAUCAGCUGCUGCCAGUAUCCUCUUGCUGGCGUGAAACAGUUUGGGCUUUUCGGCAUUUUUGAUGGCCAUGGAGGGGAUGGGGCUGCAAAAGCUGCCAGCAGGAUUCUUCCAGAGAAUGUUGCAAACAUUUUGUCUCAACAGGACACGAUAGAAAGAGUUCUCACAUGUGGCAACGCUUCAGAUGUUCUUGAAUGCGCCUUUGCCUUGACGGAAGCUGCACUCGAUCAUCAGUAUGAGGGUUGUACAGCAACGGUCCUUCUUGUUUGGUUCGAUCAGAACAAAGAUUGCUUUGCCCAGUGCGCUAAUCUAGGCGACUCAGCAUGUAUUAUGAAUGUCGAUGGGAAACCUAUUGCAAUGACAGAGGAUCAUCGAGUAGUUAGUACAACAGAACGAGCGAGGAUAGCAAAAUCAGGACAUCCUCUGAGAGAUGGUGAAAGCCGUAUAUGUGGACUAAAUCUGUGCAGGAUGUUUGGAGAUAAGUUUCUGAAAGAGCAAGAUUCAAGGUUUAGCUCAGAACCAUAUGUGAGUCCAGUGGUUCGCAUCACAAAAUCGUGCUCAGCUUUUGCGCUUAUUGCUAGCGAUGGCCUAUGGGAUGUCAUUAGCGCGAAAAGGGCAGCACAGCUUGUCGUCGAGCAUAAGGAGAGGAACAAGGAUCACAAAACUUCAGCAGACAGAGUAGCAGAUCAUGUGUUGAGUGAAGCCAGGAAUUUGAGGACGAAGGACAACACAUCAGUGAUAUUUGUAGAUUUCGACCUUAUGAGAAUUGCUCCCUGAAUUGCCAAUUGAUUUGUCAAAAUCAAGCCUAGAAAUCGCCCCACUUGCGGCUUCAACCCCAUUUUUUUUUCUGUUCUCUUAUAUUUCAUUAGUUCAUACUCAGUUGCUAUCCAGUCUCUGUAUCGAAGUUUUUCUUGUCCGCAAGUACUUGGGGAGCCCUUGUGUGCGGCCGUUGCCUGUAAAUCGUGAGAGGGAUUUGUUAGCUAAAUGUUAAAUGAACUUUGCAUCCUGAGAUUAUAUGCAUGACCAGAGAAGAAGCUUUGGUAAGGCUCCCCAGA